GGCUUACGCUAUCAUCAAAUCAAAAUUUUCACAAUCAGCUGAUUUACAUAAGAGUGCUAAUGACGUGUUUUUGUAUCCUGUAAUGUUUUAUAUUCAUGCAAUUAAUAUUGACAGUAUUAUAUAUUAAUCUUGACGUCAAGUAGACAUGUAAAGUUUAUGUGAAAAGUCUUCUGUGAUGGUGGCGUAACCAAAAAGCUGCAGGAAGAAUACUCAUACAAUACCUUAGUUCAUUCAUUACCCGCUAUUAUAAUGGUGUUUUUCAACUUAAAAUUCGUUUAAGUUAAAUGGAUUAUAUUCACGUUAUUUUUACCAAAUGGUGACAAGAUUUAAAACGCAAAGUUAUCUGGCUAUACCAAUCGAUCGAAAAAAUGUCUUUCGAAAUUUUUCAUUCUUUAAAUGCCAACAUGUUUUUUUUUUUUCGAGGUUAUACCUUGAGGGAUGUGAGCCAAAAGUAUCUGCCCUGUACCCUCCGAUCCAGUAUCCUGUGCCUUGUGACACACCUAGUCUUCAGCCAUUUGUCACUUGGGACCAUUCUGAGAUAUACAAACUUCCUAAAUUCAUGCAACUUGGCAGCAAAGACAUACUAUCGGUCUCUGAAAAAAUUAUACCGUUGGAAGAAUUUAAGAGCAAAAUCAAGAAGCAGAAUAAUGCCAACCAGCCUGUCUCAGAGUUAAGCCUACUUUUGUUUGAAGUCUGGAAACUGUUUGGAGCGAUGAAGAAAACGCCGUACAAUCAGAUGCCAAUCAUUUUUGAGAAUAUUCGGAUCCAUUCAAAAGUAAACUUUUUCGUCGAAGAUCCGUGCGAGCUCUACAUGGCUAUUAUGCGUGGUAAUGGAGACUUCACGAUUAACCAAGUAGUGAGCAAGGAAGAAAUCAAAGAGAGAAGAGAAGAGGUCACGGAGGUCGGUACUUCUCUCAUUAGUGGUCGAAUCAAAAUUUGGGAAACACGGGAAAAUGAUGAUGUACCAAUCAAAGUAAAAAAAGCAAAAAAAGUAGAUGACAACAGCUUCGAAACCUUUACAUGUGACAGCGAUGAAUCGUCAUCUACUAAAUAUGAAAUGAGGCACUGUGAUUCAGGCAAGUCAUCGCUUUAA